AUGCUGCCGGAGAAUCGCAGCUUCGGCUUCCGACCGUUCGAUCAGUAUUGGUCGAGAGGCGGUGGAAGCUGCAGAAACAGGGAGCGCGGCAAUAUGUACAUCCUGGUAUCGUUGGCUCUGAUCCUCCUGCACCUCCUGGUGCUGCCCAUCUAUUUGUACCUUACCUGGCACCACAAGUACUGGCGUAAGCGUGGUCUGAUCACAGCCCGACCUUUGACCCUGCUGGGCACAUAUCCGGGUUUGCUCACCAGGAAGAGCAAUCUGGUAGAGGAUGUGCAGAAAAUAUACGACAAAUACAAGGGAAAACAUCGAGCUGUGGGCGUUUUUGUAACCCGUCAACCGCAGAUCUUGGUUCUCGAUCCGGAACUGGCCCACGAAGUGCUGGUCGGGAACUUCCGCUGCUACAAGGACUCGCUGACCAGUUCGUAUAUCAGACAUGCCAAGUGGGACAAGUACGCCAAGCUGAAUCCAUUCUGGGCAUCCGGGCGAUCUUGGAGGCACCUCCGCUCGGAUGCACAGGCAGGUCUCACGGGAAAUCGCCUAAAGCAAGCCUAUAACAUCUGGGAGCAGGGUGGGAAGAUGCUAACUGACUAUAUGACCCAGCAGGUCACGGAGAAAAACAAUAUCCUAGAGACCAGGGAUCUCUGCUUCCGUUAUACGGCCCAUGUGAUGGCUGAUUUCAUCUGGGGCAUUGAUGCUGGGACCUUAACCCGUCCCCUGGAGCAGCCCAAUAAGGUGCAGGAGAUGGCCAGCAAGUGGACCAGUUACUGCUUCUACAUGCUAUCCAUCUUCAUGGCCUCCAUUGUGGCACCCUGCAGUCGUCUGCUGCUCCGAUUCCGUUUCUAUCCCAAGGAAACCGAUGAGUUUUUCUCCAAUCUUACCAAGGAAUCAAUUGAGUUGAGACUGAAAGGCGGUGGCGAUUCCUCUCGAACGGAUUAUCUGUCGCAUUUGCUCCAGCUUCGUGAUCAAAAACAGGCAACCCACGAUGAUCUAGUGGGUCAUGCCCUCACCGUGAUGUUAGACGGAUACGACACCACGGGCACGGCCCUUCUCCAUGCCCUUUACUAUUUGGCUGAGAGCCCGACUGUUCAGCAGAAGCUGCGAAUGGAAAUCCUCAACAGCGUGAAAUCCGAAAAGAGUCUUGACUUUGACAAGCUGUGUUCGCUGCCCUAUUUGGAGCAAGUUGUCUAUGAAUCCCUUCGCCUUAGCAGUUUGAUACCGCAGUACACAAAAGUCUGCACAUUUCCCACAAUUAUUCAGCUCAAUGAAUUUAAACGGCUGGAUGUUGAAGAUGGCAUGACUAUCAUGAUACCGAAUUAUCAGUUUCAUCAUGAUAAGCAAUAUUUUUCCGAGCCCGAAGCAUUCAAACCAGAACGUUUUGAUAAUGGUGCAUAUCAGGAAUUAAUGCGCAAGGGAAUAUUUAUUCCAUUUAGCGAUGGUCCGCGUAUUUGCAUGGGCAUACCUCUGGCUCUGCUGACCCUGAAAUCAGCUAUUGUUCACAUUCUCAGCGAUUUUCAAGUGGUGCGUGGAAAAGAACGGCUGGCACCCAAGGGAGAUGCUGGAUUUGGAGUCGUUUUGCAGGGAGAUGUGAAUCUGGAGUACCGCCGGUUUUUGAGAUAGAUUUGUAUUAUAAUUAGUUUAUUUAAUACAUGCAUGUAAAAAUUA